AUGGAUGUGUACACCGACUGCUUAAAAAGUACCCGGGUUAGGAACGAUGUGAACGAUGCCGUGAAGUUCCAAGAGUUUGAGAAACACUUCCCCCCUGUCGACGACAUGGAGAGGGCCGGCUUCACUUUCUGCUGGCUUUCAUUGUUAUCAGGUACCGUCAUUAUUAUCAGAUACCUUCAUUAUUAUCAGGUACCUUCAUUAUUAUCAGGUACCGUCAUUAUUAUCAGGUACCGUCAUUAUUAUCAGGUACCGUCAUUAUUAUCAGAUACCUUCAUUAUAAUCAGAUACCUUCAUUAUUAUCAGGUACCGUCAUUAUUAUCAGGUACCGUCAUUAUUAUCAGGUACCGUCAUUAUUAUCAGGUACCGUCAUUAUUAUCAGCUACCGUCAUUAUUAUCAGGUACCGUCAUUAUUAUUUUCAUGUAUUAUUAUUAUUAUCAGGUAUUAUUAUUAUCUGGUAUUAUUAUUAUUAUCUGGUAUUAUUAUUAUCUGGUAUUAUUAUUAUUGUCAGGUAUGAUCAUUAUCGUCAAACUUGAACUUUAUUAUCAGGUAAUUUAAACUGGUAGCAUCAUUAUUAUCAGAUUUUAUCAUUAUUAUCUAACUCAUACACGAUGAGGUCACACCGUAACAAAAGAUAAACGAUAAUGUCAUGUUGCUUUGUUUGCUGGCGGUGUAUAGACCUGGGAAAUGGUCGCUAUGAAGAAUGGGGGGGGGGGGAAACAAGAGCUAAAAAAAAGAAAUAAAAUUAUUGCACCCUAAAUCUGAGUCUGACCUGGGAAAUGGUCGCUAUGAAGAAUGGGGGGGGGGGGGAAACAAGAGCUACAAAAAAGAAAUAAAAUUAUUGCACCCUAAAUCUGAGUCCCCUGGCUAACUAAGGUACAUAUUCUGGUGGAGGUCUGAGAUAACCUACUUAUGACUUAUGACUCCCUUUUGGCUAAUACUUUGGCUACCAGCUCUAUCUGCAGAGCUGAGCUAAGUAACAUUUUCCUCACGUAGGGCUAUUCCGCCGCCCUGCCCCCCCUCCCCCCCCCGAAACAUCUAGUGAGGGACAUUCGGUCAACAAAUGCCUUUGUGUUUCUGGAGCCAGGCUACAGUGCCGGCAGAUAGGGUCCCAGUUUUGAACUAGACUGUUCGGUCACUAGAUUCAACACGUUCAUGAAGCUAAACCACGCACUGACCAACCAUCACUGAAUGUCGGUGGUGUCCGUCGCACUAAGCUGCACAUCUAACUCCCUUCUACCAGAUCCAUACAUGUACAACGUCAGCCCCAGUAAGGUCACCGCCUGCCAGAGCAAGGUCAACGAGAUGAAGUGCGAGAUCGCGAAUGAGGACGACAAUCGGCUGUUAAAAACUGCUGUGGACGAAGAGAAACCAAGCAUCGUUGCUUAUUACGGCUGCAAGUUAGUUCGUUAAGGUUUUACUAUUUUAAUUCAUUGAAGUAUCUUUUUUUUAAAAAAUUCUGAUAUAGAUUUUUUUAUCCCUGUAUUCAAUAAUUUUUUUUUUUUAUUUUCAUAUUCUGUUUUCAGUAUUUAAAUACCACUCAUUUUGUUUUUAAUAUGCUAGGAGAAGGAUUACAGCUUAAGCCAUCCUUGUUAUUUACGGCAACAUUUUCAGAACUUCCGUCAUUGAGUUUUUUCCUUAGUAAAUCGUCAACAUCCGGUAGGCAGAAUGCAAUAAAAUAAAACAUUUAUUUAUUUCAAAUUCGUCAUAGAAAUAUACCGUAUGUGCUCACACAUAAGCCUACAUCGCAAUAUAAGCCGAUGUGGUGAUCUGACUUAUGACUUGUUAGUGAGGGUUAUCUCUCGUAUGAGAUCUCCUCUGGGCACUCUGUCUAGGGAUUCGUUAUUCAAGCCAAAUUACCACACAGACAUAAUACCUAUCUGUAUACAUAUAGUAUAGACUGAAACGAAGUCUUAGUAGUAUAGACUGAAACGAAGUCUUAGUAGUAUAGACUGAAACGAAGUCUUAGUAGUAUAGACUGAAACGAAGUCUUUGUUAAAGGAGAAAUUAACUACAACUAUUUAUUGCAUAAUAAUAUUUACAACUUCCUCCGUAAAACACUCUUGGUGAUUAAUAUAUAAUAUACAUCAAUCGGAUUUCAUCCAGAUAGAAAGGUAUAUCAACACAAAGUAAGUGUCCCUAACAUACAAACGUUAUCAUCAUUAGUACUGCUAUAUUGCUCAAGUCCUAUGCUCAAUCUUUGUUGACUUAGCCUUUAUAAUUCCGGUGCUGAUCUCGGUGGAUUACACAGUGUGGGAGUCCUUCUAUUCUAGAAGCGUGUCUCUGUUCCGGUCUUCGGAGCUGUUCUACGCGUAGCGAAGACGGAGUUCCUGGUCGUAGAUUCCGUGGGAUCUCUGCGAGGGGAAGAUGACUCUCCCGCGAUAAAUCGUGGUGGUGAGAGUCCCUGGAUCUCGAACUCCUAGCUGCCAGGCAGUUUGGUGUAGGAUGUAGAUCAAUCCCUUAGUUCCAGCUUCAAGGUAAUUCGGUCCAGUAAUAGAAACCAGGCUAAAGGCAAAAUGAUACAAAAAUGGAUAAGUAUCCAGGCAAAUAUCCAUAAGCUGAUAUGUCCCGUUCCAACAGCAACGAAUUCAGAUCGAUGUAUGGAGGGUGACAUAGCUUUUACAUAUAUACAUCCAAUUUGUGGAUAGAAUUAUAAGUCUUGUCAUUCUGGGCGAGAGCAUAUGUUGCAUGGCGACAAUUUUGGACCAAGCAAACAUUUUAAUUUAAUGAAGUAUGGGACGUAGAAUCAUUAUCAAUCAUUAAAUUUACAGGUUCAUGGUAUACAUAUUGUCUUCUCGUUAAAAGAGCCAUGAGCGAGUUGGAACAACAACCUACCAUCCCCGUGAUAGGAUGGCGGCGUGUCGUAGCCCACGGCAAAAGUAAUAAUAGAAUUCAUAAUUUCAAUAUAAUUUAUUACAGGCAUUAUUAGAAUAAGAUCGAACCCGAUCGCACAUUUGCUACAUAGCGAAUGAACAAUACAAGUGCAAUACCAUAAUAUUAAAAUCAUGGUUGCGUACUUACUAGUACUCUAGGUAGCAGUUGCAGUUGAGUAUCACGCUAGUGAAGUACUAAGUCUAGACACUUCAAGUGCCCACAAACAAGUGAUCGGAUCUUAAAAGUCAUAUACUUGCCAAUAUCCUAGGUUGCAGUUAUGUAUCACGCUAAAGAAGUUCUAAGUCUAGAUCCUUCCAACGUCCACGGUCAAGUGAUCAGAUCAUAAAAGACAGAUUCUUGCUUGUUCCGGCUAUUUAUUCGAGUUGGGUGACGAGUAACUGAUGAUUCAAUUGGGUGAUUCAAAUGUUGUAUGUUUUUCCAUCCAAUGAUAAUAACUUUCGAUGUUGCGGGAUUGACCUUCUACCCUCAAAUUUAAUCGGGCUGGGGUGAACAUCCUAAUUCACGCUUUAGUGUGAGUUUUCUGGUUUAGAAAUGCAAUAACACCAAGGGGCGAUACUCCGCUUUGCUGUCUCCAGGGCAAAAAUGAGGGGGGGGUGGUAUUAUUUCCUCAAGGUUCAUCGGUGGGAUGGGUUGAACACAAUUUGCACGCUCUGGAGGUGAGCGAGCUGAUGCAGGAAGGCGAUAACACAAAAGGAACUCACUCGUGCUAAGCGACUGCGGGGCAACGAAAAGGGGGAGGGAAAGGUGUUAUUUUACACAACGGUUUCCACAGGCGGAUUUACGAUGGAAGAAAUUUGACAAAGUCCAGCUUCAGAUCGUCACAGCCAACCCCUGAAACUGCUUUAAAAAUGGUCAGUUUUUGCAAAAACCCGCACAUAAGCCGACCAUACAACUGUCUUAUUUGACUCCAUAUUUUUGGUUCAUAGAAAUUUGUUACUGUAAAGAUGUGAAAUGGUUACUUUUAUGUUACAUACCAGUUUGUUUAACUUUCGGAAUGCCACAAAAUGCUCUUUCCACAUUGUUUGCUAUAAUAAUAUCUAAACUUCCGCUCAUAAGUUGUUCACAACUAAUGAUUAACGAAGUAUAUAUUUAGAAAAUUUUUUUGGAAAAUUAUCAUUAGUGUCAGUCCUUCUGUCCAUUUUGUUUUAUGCGCAUAUAAGCCGAUCCCUUGAUUUCAGUAUUGCAUUUUAUAGUUCUAAAUUCGGCUUAUAUGCGAGUAUAUACUGUACUUUGGAAAUCAAAUAUUGUUAAAUAACACAGAUCAGAAACAAUUAAGGGCUUUUCAAAAGUAUUUGAAGAAAUUCUAGGAAGUACCAUUCACCUAUGUAUUUCAAAACAUCACAUACUGACCAGUCCAUGACUUUGUGAAAUUCAAUAUAAUGAUCUGAUCUGGAGCUCAAAAAGAAAGUUGCGCCCCUGCUCUCUUUCUGUCGCCCCGGAUGAAAUAACUUUCAGCUGUUUAUUUUUACUUUAAAAAGUGUCUUUACUGCUUUUUGAUCGCUGAAGGAGGCUUCUUGCCGACACAUUCAUUGUUUUUGCUGCGUCCUGUUUUUUGGGGGGUUCCCCAUAAUUUGCUUCGUCUAUUUUCUUUUAAUGGCAGCAGCGCUUGGGACUUUUCCAACAGCUUGAUGAAUCCAUUUACAGGAGAGUUUAAACAUUUUAUGAUAUUCCCGCUUCACCAACAAAAAAACAAAAAGUUACCCCCUGUGGUGGACCUUCGGACCGCAUUUAUUUUUACUUUUAUGGAACAGAAUCAUAGAGUGUCGGUCCUAAAAGAUUUACGCCCUUGUCAAAAUUAAUAUAUAGUUUCGGUUUUUGCAUAGGAAAAAAUAUACGAAACCUGUAGGGACUAGGAUGGAUUUAAAUUUCACUUUCCCAUCAAAUGUUUGGUAUGAUAUAUACUGUUAAAGCGUAUCAUACGUUGAGGUAAUUCUUGAUUUAUUUAUUUUUUGUCAUUCAGAGCGUACACAUCCUACUGGACUUGUAUGAGAGAUCAGUACGCUGCAUGUAACCCAGAGAUAGCACCUUUGUUUGACUACUACCUGGCCAGAGCAGGCACGUAAGUCAGGGCUUUUUAGUUUUAUAAGCGUUAUGCAGUUUUAGUGUUAAUUUCUUGAACAUUUGAUGACUAAGGUCUUGGAGCCAAAAGAUAAAAUUUGGAGAGUGGCGCCAACGGGAAAUCAAACUGGCAGAGGCGCCUAAUUUCCGAGAUUAGAUGGGGAGCGGAAGGCAAGUUUAUCUUUAAGACCUCACUGUCAUUCUCUCUCUUCUUUUUCUUAUAUCCGAGUGUUCUGGAGAAAGGAUAUUUAAUUUACUCAACGCGUGAAGAACCAAAACGGUUUAUGUGCUUUCUUGUGUGUCCGUUUUAACGUCGUGUGUCUGGACGCGUUGUGUCCGUUUUAACGACGUGUGUCUGGGCGCGUUGUGUCCCUAUUAACGUCGUGUGUCUGGGCGCGUUGUGUCCGUUUUAACGUCGUGUGUCUGGACGCAUUGUAUCUGUUUUAACGUCGUGUGUCUGGACGCGCUAUGUCCGUUUUAAGUCGUGUGUCUGGGCGCGUUGUGUCCGUUUUAACGUCAUGUGUCUGGGCAAGUUGUGUCCGUUUUAACGUCGUGUGUCUUGACGCGUUGUGUCUGUUUUAACGUCCUGUGUCUGGACGCGUUGUGUUUGUUUUAAGCUCGUGUGUCUGGACGCGUUGUGUCUGUUAAAAGUCGUGUGUCAAAAAGUUAUAAAUAAAAAAGACACGCGAUGCCACAACGUACACUCAAGGAGUGACAACAAUGUGUACUGAAAAGAGACAACAAAGUUACACAGAAUAUGAAUCGAUAAAUCUUCGUUGUGUCUUUUGAGUUGUGCCUAAUUUAACUUUGAUACUCAGUUUGUCUCCGUUUUAACUUCUCGUGCCUAACAUUCCAACGUGCUGUGGGCUGUUUUAAAUUUACUGUAAAUAUCUGACUGCCAGUUUAUAAAACGCUCUCUUAUUUGUGCAACUAAUUAUAAAUUUCUCCCAUCGUUAUUUAGUAAACUAAUUUUUGAUUCCAACAAAACUCUCCUUUUUUCAUUAAUAUUAUUUGUUCUAUGAUUUUUCUACAGAAGUUGUCUAAAGACCUACAAAAUAUCCAAC